CCAGGGAACAGUCGGCAUAGAGGACCAUUCACAGCAGCUCAUGGAGUAAAAACACAAAGAGAGACUUGAUAUAUUUGUGGUGUUUUUAGAAUAAACAGGCAGAUAGGAACAGGAGGAGUAUCCCAGUAUGGACUGGAAUAAACCAACAUGAGCAGAGAGGAUACAGUAUAACUGCUGAAGAGGAAUUGGCACAGAUGAAAUAGCUAUUAUGGGAUGGAGAGAGGAGGGAUUAUCACAAAAGGAUUUAGAGUAUAAAUAGAAUUACAUGGGCAGAAUAGACAACCAGAAACAGUCAUAAUGAUACCAGCAUUGAUGCCUUCAAUUUAAAGGGUUGAGUGGAACUCUAAAGGAGCCUGUCACUUCAUUCUUCACGGCCAGUCUCUUUCACAUUCUCUUUCCCCAACAGAGGUGGCCAGGGGGUUUUAGGGAACAGAGCUGCCCCCUGUCUUCAGACACCUGCUGCUGCCUUGACACAGGGGAUGUAGAGAGAGCGGGGGGCGCCUCACUAGACCCAUGCAUCAACCCUGGUCUGGAGGAUUACAAUUCCUAGCUGUCCAAUCUUUACAUCAGUGAGUAAGGAGGGUGGACGCACAGGGACGCACAGACAGACGGAAGGAAGAGAUUCAAAGGAUCUCUUAUUGCCCAUGCCCCUCUCCUCCCCUCCAUGGAAUGAGGCGACUGUAAGAAUGGAUAACAUGGAGUAUAAAGACGAGUGGCAGGAUGAUGACUUUCCCAGACCACUUCCUGAAGACGGUGACAUGGAGUCUUCCUGUGGUCUCACCGAUGACAAAGCCUCUCCCCCCAACUCUCUGAAUGUUAGUGCAAGUGGAGGUGGUGGAGGUGGAGUAGUGUCCACUCAUCGCAAGCGCCGUACGUUAGUGGCCCCGGAUAUCAACCUGUCCCUGGACCACAGCGAGGGUUCCAUGCUGUCUGACGACUUCCUGGAUACGCCCGACGACCUGGACAUCAACGUCGAUGACAUCGACACCCCCGACGACAACGACUCUCUGGAGUUCAUCACCAAUGGCAAUGAGCUGGAGUGGGAAGAUGAUACCCCGGUGGCCAUCGCCAAAGUGGGGCCUGGUGACGGAGUGGAGGAAGACUGUGCUGAUGGGACGGGGGGUAACGGGCGCCUGUGGAGGACCGUGAUCAUCGGGGAGCAGGAGCACCGUAUCGACAUGCAGGUCAUCAGGCCGUAUCUCCGCGUCAUCACCCAUGGGGGUUACUAUGGUGAGGGUCUGAAUGCCAUCAUAGUGUUCUCCGCCUGCUACCUGCCCGACAGCAGCUGUGCAGAUUACCACUACAUCAUGGAAAACCUCUUCCUGUAUGUGGUUAGCAGUCUAGAAAUGCUGGUGGCUGAGGACUAUUUGAUCAUCUACAUGAAUGGAGCCACACCGCGGGGCAAGAUGCCAGGCAUAGGAUGGCUAAAGAAAUGCUAUCAGAUGAUUGAUAGGAGGCUCAGGAAGAACCUGAAGUCUCUGGUCAUUGCCCACCCCACCUGGUUCAUCCGCACUGUGCUGGCCAUAUCCAGGCCCUUCAUCAGUGUGAAGUUUAUGAAUAAGAUCCAGUAUGUACACAGUCUGGAUGAGCUGGCAGAGAUAGUCCCCAUGGAACAUGUGCAGGUCCCAGAAUGUGUAAUGCAAUUUGAGGAGGAGAGGAUCAAGGCUCGGAGAGAAAGGAUGGAGCAGGAACAGCGGCAGCAGGAGCAGCAACAUCAGCAGCAGGCAAACCCACAGGAGUCUUCUUCAGCCAAGGCAGAGAGGCCCAAGUCAAUGAUCGCAGAGCAAGGAAUCUGAAAAGGACCUCUUCAUCUAUGUUCAUCUCAUGUUGCUGAAAGAAGUUUGGAGCAUGACAACAAUGUUUUAUAAGAAGCAAGAGGAAGGCCAACAAGUCUAAGAAUACUUCCUAAUUUAUCAAUAUCAAGCUGAAGAAAUAAUAAUGAUUUUUCCAUCGUGAUGUGAACCGACCUGACCCCCAGCACACACACACACACACACACUCCAUCAGGACAUUCCAAGGAAGGCAAAGUCCCGACAGGUACUCUUGCUGUUACAAAGACUGUACAACUGCACAUGUUACUUAAUUUUUACGACUGCUUGAGGCAGUUACUUUUGAACCCCCAGGUUCCCACCAUGAGUUUUGUAUCCAUUUCAAAUGUAGAUACCAGUGUGACAGUGAAAUCCCUUUGCAUUAGUCAAGAUGUAAGGAAAACGUAAAAGAAUAUUGAAGAAAAUGUUCCACAGGACAUGUGAGAAAACAGGAAUAUUGUAGAACAUUUUCCGCAGGUUCUAACUGGUGUAAGCUGUCAGUAGCAGGCAGGCUGGUAACCAGACCUGUUUGAUGUGUUGGAGGCUCUUGCGGGGACCAUGGUAGGCUAGACUUGAGGAUGUAGUGUAUGCUGAGAGGAGGAUAUGAUCAAAGAGGAGAAGAAGAGGGAAGAGAGAGUCAAGCAAUGCUUCCCAGAGAGCUCAGCAAUGGUGUAUGCUGUGGCAUAAUAAACAAUCUUUCACCCAUUAGCGCAAUGCUACUCCUUGUGUAGACCAGAAGGCUUUGCGAGACAUCAGAUGCCUUCACCUUUGCUUUGUUUUUGCCUCAUAAUGUCUUCUAAAACAGGCCUUAUUUUUUAUCUGCUGCGUUGCAUGAAUCAUUUUGAUGCCAUUGUUCCAUAUUCCUAGAUUGAUCUGGGGAUCAUUUAGUACCCAACCAACCCAUGUACCUUACAUUCUGAUGUGACGCACAAAUUAUGUCUGUACAUGAAUAUGAAGGCACACUGAAAGUAAGACCAACAAGGUAUUUGCUGUUUUUUCAAGAGGACAGCAUUUAGUUUAAAUUACUUUAGUCAUUCAUGUUGUGAUUUAAUCACAUAAUUUUUCCAUUGUGCUUUGUUUUUGGUACAGUCAAAGCAUGUCAACAUGUUGCCAGCCUGUAAUGUCCCUUCAGAUGUCCUAUAAGACAAUAGACUAGCUGUAAAUCUUCUAUUGGAUACUCACCUAAUGGAUGGUAAAGGGGAGGUAGUGUUAGAGUUUUUAUUUUUGUAAGAAUUACAUACAUGAUGUUUUGCCAGUGUAAUGUAAGUGUUGUUUUGCACUAUUGAAUUUGAUUGUCAUUAAAUGGUUAGCAUAUAAUAUAUCUGUGUAUAUUUGGGGACAGGUUGGCUUCCUAAUACUGUAUGUAACUCAAGAUGGAUUUUUGUGUGCUGUUGACAUUUUUGUGCAUUUAGUAUGUACAAUUUCAUGCAUUUUUGGUUACCUGUCUAGGCAUGCACCUCUAUAGAAAGUAUGAUGAUGAGAAAUGUCUAGAUGUUUCUGAAAAGCCAUCCAACUACAAAAUGUUACUGUACAUUGAUUCAUGUAAAAUUGAAGAUAGACAUUUUCUGUAGACUGGUAUUGUGCAGAUGAUCAUGGGCUGGACUAGAGGUUACCGAUAUUCAAAGGACAGAGUAUGAAAAUGUCUUCAGAAAAGUUUACGAAACAUUCCGAACACUGGAACGUUUAUUUUGCCUUUGAAAUACCUAUGCCACCAAAAGGUAGGCCUAAACAAGGCACAUAAUUGCAGGAGUUCUUCUUGUAGUCUCCCAAUGUUGCUGGGGAUUGUGCCCUUUUCUAAGGAAUGUCAGUUCUUCUGAGUGCCUAUCUAUCUUUGAACCAAAUUCUACACAGAAAACUAUGAUGUGGAACGUAAAAAUAUAUUCUCUUAACACUUAGUUGACUACUGGGACUUUUUCCAAGUCAUUGGUAGUAAACUGAUUUUGUUGACAGUAGUGUGUUUUGGUAAAUGUUCUCCAUGGAUAGCAACCCCUGAGCAUCCAAAAAAAGGAUGUGAAUCAUAUUUUGAGUCUUUAAAAGCACAAUAUGUUAUUACACUGGAUGAUUUGAAAGAGAUCAGUGGGUCAUUUGUCUGCUAGCAUACUGUAUGUAGUUUAUUUAAAAUACAAAAAUGCAAAGCUUAAAAUGGGGAUCAAAGAUUAGCCUUGUUCUUUAGAUUGUGAUGGUAAAUUCUUCCAUGUAAAUAAACAUUUUUACUGUUCCGCC